AUUUCAAACUUUGGCAAACACCUGAAACAUUUCACAUUAGAUGUUAAAGUUUGAAAUAUAAAUGAAAUAAAAUUGACUAUUAUUUUCGUUUCCGUUCAUGCCUCCUCCAGACAGUCGCGAUGAGGUAUUUUCUCAGCGGUCCGUGAACAGACGCACCGGUGUCCGGUUGCAGUCCCGGUCCUGAGACAAUUCCCCCCUCACAUCAGUCAGAAGUCUAUUUUUGGUCCCAGGCUCAGCUGAUUGAAGCACAAACUGUCCCUCCCUGAUUUUUUCUCCCUCUCUAUAGUCAGUUGUUCAGUCUUAUUAGGAAACGAGGGCGUUUUCUAAAGGCAGAGACGUAUUUCACUAACAGUCGGUUCCGAGGGGGAUGCUCCUCCAGUGCCUUUAUUACUUAUCUUUUCGUUGCCUGCUUCUUUUCUUUAUUCUUUCCACAUCCGCUCCGUUGUUCUAAACAAUUUUCAUUUCACUGUGAUCCUGCUGGCUCCUGGAGGAUGGAGACGAGCCCCAUCCCGGUGGUGACGGUCCAAACCGCUCCCUUCGAGGACCAAAAGCCCGGUACCAACGGGCUGCGGAGGAAGACGGCCGUGUUCGAGGGGAGGAAGAACUACUUGCAUAACUACAUCCAGAGCGUCUUGUCCUCUAUCGACCUGCGGGACAGACAGGGCUGCACCAUGGUGGUGGGCAGCGACGGGCGCUACUUCAGCCGGACUGCCAUCGAGGUGAUAGUUCAGAUGGCAGCUGCCAACGGGAUCGGGCGUCUGGUCAUCGGUCACAACGGCCUUCUGUCCACCCCCGCCGUGUCCUGCAUCAUCAGAAAGAUAAAGGCGAUCGGUGGAAUCGUCCUCACGGCGAGUCACAACCCCGGAGGCCCCGGCGGAGACUUUGGAAUUAAGUUCAAUGUUGCUAAUGGAGGUCCAUCUCCGGAUACAGCGAUGGAGAAGAUCUACCAGGUGAGCCGGACACUGGAGGAGUACGCCAUCUGCCCCGACCUGCGCAUUGACCUCUCUAGGUUGGGAAGACAAGAGUUUGAUCUCGAAAACAAGUUCAAACCUUUCAGAGUGGAGAUCGUUGACUCUGUCGACAUCUAUCUACAACUGCUGCGAAGCAUCUUUGACUUCUCUGCUAUUAAAAGCCUCCUGACUGGAGCAGAUCAGCUAAAGAUACACAUAGAUGCCAUGAAUGGAGUGAUGGGCCCGUAUGUACGCAGAAUUCUGUGCGAUGAGCUGGGAGCUCCCGCUAACUCUGCUGUCAACUGCGUCCCUCUGGAGGACUUUGGCGGACAACCUCCAGAGCCGAACCCCACCUACGCCACCUCACUGGUGGAGGCCAUGAAAGGAGGAGAGUUUGGCUUUGGUGCUGCUUUUGAUGCAGACGGGGACCGCUACUUGAUCCUUGGAGAAAAUGCUUUUUUUGUGAACCCGUCGGACUCCGUUGCCAUUAUUGCUGCUAACCUCUCCACCAUCCCCUACUUCAGACAGCAUGGCGCCCGAGGAUUUGGUAGGAGUAUGGCCACCAGCACUGCCCUCGACAGGGUUGCCAAAGCCAUGAAACUGGCUCUCUAUGAGACUCCCACAGGUUGGAGGUACUUUGGGAACCUGAUGGAUUCCGGGCGUUGUUCCCUCUGUGGGGAGGAGAGCUUUGGAACAGGUUCAGACCACAUUCGGGAGAAAGAUGGCUUAUGGUCGGUGUUGGUGUGGUUGUCUAUCAUAGGAGCCAGGAAACAAGGAGUGGAGCAGAUCGUCAGAGAGCACUGGGCCAGAUUUGGACGCAACUACUUCUGCCGAUUUGACUACGAAGGCCUGGACCCACGUGCGGCCUUUUACCUGAUGAGGGACCUGGAGGCGGUGAUCUCAGACAAAGCUUUCACCAGUCAGAAGUUUGCUGUGGGCGAUCGUGUGUUCAGCGUGGAGAAAGCUGAGAACUUUGAGUACAUCGACCCGGUGGAUGGAACAGUGGCUCGGAACCAGGGCUUAAGGAUUCUCUUCACUGAAGGGUCCCGUCUUGUGUUUCGGAUGAGUGGGAGCGGCGGAGGAAUGGGCGCCACCAUACGGAUUUACGCCGAGAGCUUUGAGAGAGAUCCCGAGAGACACAGCAGAGAGACCCAGGUGGUGCUGGGUCCUCUCAUCGCCAUCGCUCUGAAGAUCUCAAACAUUCAUGAAAGGACAGGGCGUCAUGGUCCAAAUGUCAUAACAUGAGCCAGCGGGGACACACACGCACACACGCACGCACGCACGCACACACACACACACACACACACACACACACACACACACACACACACACACACACACACACACAAAUCCACAGCAACCUAUUUACACUGAUAAAUUACCUUCAAAUUACUCCCUGUGCUUACUUGCUAUGCCAGCAGUGUUAACCUGGUUUUUAUUUGUUUAUGUACACACACACACACACACACACACACUCCACACAUACUUACACAAACACACACACACACGUACACACACACCCACACAUGUUCACUCCACACAUACUUACACAAACAUACACACACACACUCCAGUUCUAUGAAUGUCAAAAGAACUUUAAUCAUAUGGCCGCUAAAGCCUUUCCAAGCUGGAGGUUGGAUCUAGGAUUUGUUUUCCUCACUGGCAGAAAUAUUUUGUUCCAGCAGGGAGAGCGGAGCCUAUUGUUUUAGAUAAAAGUUACUUCUAGACUUCACUUCAUGCAUUCAGCUUAUUUGCCCGUGCACUUGAGUGCAAGGACAAUUUGUGAAACAACACCUCUUUGCUGUUAUAUUUGUCUAAAAGUUUGCAAUUCUUUUGAGAUAAAUGGGAAUAAAAGUUCUUUGUUGUACAAUUUAAGUGAACUUGUUCCAACGACAUAGUUUAUUCUCUGAAAAUUUCAUGUGAUCAUCAACUUCAAAAACAAGUCCGUUGUCUAUUAUUAAUACUAUUAUUGAAUUAAUUUGCUUUUUUUCUGCUCUUCCUGAAAAACAAAUGAUCAUCAUUUUAAAAAAGAUCAGAUUAAGAACAGUGAACCGUUUUGGCAGCGUGACUUGUAUCUGCUCUGUUUGAUUAUUUUCUAGGGAUGUAAGAAAAUAUCGAUAUGGCAAUAUAUCGUGAUAUUUUUUCCAGCAAUAUUAUAUCGAUAUUCGAAAGCCAUGCAUCGGAAAUAUCGAUAUGGCAAUAUACCGUGAUUUUUUUCCUGCGAUUAUUACAUCGAUAUUCAAAAGCCGUGUAUCUAAUUCUUGAAAGAAUUUACAUGCAAACUUUUGUGUAUUUUAUUUUCGUUUUGUGCAAUUCAAUCGCCACCCGCUAGUUGGCAGCAGUGUGCAACGGGUUUUGUUUCCACCAUUGAAAUGUAAAUCCCUCCAUCAUGGUUCAGAUACCUCAUGUUAAACAUGUUACGUAUCAGUUUGGACUGUUUAUUGAACAUUCUUACAAUAAAUUCAGUCAAAAAAAAUUGCUUGUAACAUCUGACUGAAUGUAUCACAAUAUACCGUGACGUAUCGUAUCGUCUCCCCUGUAUCGUGAAAUGUAUCGUAUCGCCAGAAUUUCAAAAAUACACAUCCCUGGUAUUUUCCAUUUCAGGUACAUUAUUUGACAAAAACCUUUAAGUUUAAAUUGUCUAAAGGUUAAUUUUUUAUUUUGACAGUUUGACUUGUAGCUGGUUUUCACAGAUGGUUGUUGCCUUUCAAAAUCUGCUACUGCUUCUUUGUGUGUUUUGAUAUAACUUCUGUUGCUGUAAGACUGUCUGAAUGACAUUUCUAUUAUAAUCUGAGGAAAUUAUUGGUUUAAUCACCAACAGGUGUGUCACUAAAAGCAGCAAAAAGCUGAUUUUGAGAAAAGCUCUAACGGCGAGAAAAAGAAUCAAAUAAACUUCUACGUUCUCAUGUGGAGCUGGAGUGUGCUACAUUUUAAAUGUUUUUAAAAAAUAUUUGCAUUCGUUGACCAGAACCUCAGUAAAUCUAUUGAUGUGCAGUUUUUUUUAAACAAAAAUGCAUUUUAAAUGAUACAUGUAUGCUUAGAUCUUGUUAUUUUUUAACACCCAUAAAUUCUUUAAAAUGCUUCAGCAGCAAAAAGUGAAGCUGCUUUUUUGACUUUGCAUUGAAGGAACAGAAUAAUUAAUUCAACCCGGCAUUAAAGAACAAUUCUUUUUUUAUGUUCUUAUAUUUGUUUUCUUUUAUUAUCAUUCAAACAAACAUGGUUGUGUGCAUUUUUGUCUUUUUUCAUCCCAUUUCAAACUGAACUGAAAUAAACACAUGAAAUAAAAGGUUGAUUGUC